CAUCUGAACUUUCAACAUCUCUUUCAGUCGUUUUUCAUAUUUAGAAUCAUCUGAGAAUGAGAGGCGCAUUUCUCCUUCUGGCUCUUAUGAUUGGUGUUCAGACCUUUCAUACUAGGGAAAAGUCCAACUCUAAAAAUCAUCAAGACAUCACGAAAUUGGCUAUUUUACGUGCUACUGCAGAGGUGUGCAAGAGUGCUGAAGGCUUCACAGAGCCAGAACCACUGAAUGCACAGACACUGGCAAAGGCCUGCAAAAAAGACGCAUUUAAAAGUAACUUUGAAACAGGCAUAAAAAUGAUCACCCAUUACAACACACAAACAAACAUUGCCCAGCGUUUUACUCCGAAAUAUCAUUUUAACAACGAGAAAUUUCUGGACGGUAAAGCCGUCAUCAUCAAGGGAAUAGAGGACAUCACAGCUGACAUGAAAAAAGCGAAUUUUGAAAAUGCACGAAAGACACUUGGGACAAUCCUGCAUACUUUACAGGAUUUUUACAGCCACAGUAACUGGAUAGAGCUGGGAAACACUGAACCCUGUACUGCCCUGAUCAAUUUAGAAGAGAGCAUACCCAACCCUGCAGAUGAAAACACUGAAACAUGUGAAAGUAACAUUCCUAACACAAAAACUGGGGCAAAAUUUAAGGAUAACGUUGUAGAAAAUAAAAUUCUGACUUCAGGAUACUUUGGAAAAAUGAACAAAAAAAAGGGAAAGUGCAGCCAUGGAGGUACUUUUGACUUCUCAACCGGUAUUGGGAGAGGCUGGGAUGGUAUUAAUAAAGACGCCAUUGAUUCCAGUCAUGGUUUAGAUCAUCAUAAAGCUGCAGAUAUGGCCGUCACUGCCAGUGUGCAACUGCUGGACAAGAUCUGGAAGAAUAAUGAUGACCCCAGCUUCUUCAGGCUGAUGGGACUUGACAUGACCAAGCCAAAGGGAAAAUGGAAAACUUUCUUUGGCUCCAAAUGAAGAGUUUCAGAUGCAAAUGGGGAAAUCAAAUGAAAACACUGAAGUUUAAUGGCACUGCAUGGGCAAAACAAAAAUUAUUGUGAUAUGAAUAUAUGUCAUGAAAUCUAUUACAGUAUUCUAAUAAAAUCGGCGUAACCCUUGUGCAUCCUUAUGGACAUUUUUGUCUUUUUAUUCUGAGUUAAUGUCAACAGCAUAAAUGUAUUCAAAUUUAAAUAUGUAAUUCU